AUGUCCGACCUCAAGGCUACAGUAGCUGAAACGGCUAACGGCUUCCACGUCGAAGGAUAUGAAAAGAUCGAGUAUGACUUUACGUUCCUUGACGGUGUUUUUGAACUUCCAAAUUUGCAACUAGCAAAGCUGUAUGAGAAAUGGGGUCGUUGCCUGGCCAUCAUGGAUAGAAAUAUCUUUGAGCUAUAUGGUCAAUCGAUGCAGAAGUACUUUGAUCACCACGGUCUUGAAUUGAAGAUUCACCAGACAAUGAUCGGAGAGAAGGCCAAGUCCUUGGAUACGUUUACCAACAUUGUGGACUCAAUGACUGAUUUUGGAAUCAUUCGGAAAGAGCCUGUUUUGGUUGUGGGCGGAGGACUAGUCACCGACGUUGCAGGAUUUGCCUGCGCCGCCUAUCGCCGCAACACCAACUACAUCCGUAUCCCCACAACCGUUAUUGGCCUGAUCGACGCCAGUGUCAGUAUCAAAGUCGCUGUCAACUACGGCAACUACAAGAACCGACUCGGUGCCUACCAUGCACCCGCGCACACCCUUCUUGAUUUUGGUUUCUUGAGAACCUUGCCCGAGGCUCAAGUUCGCAACGGGUUUGCCGAGCUCAUCAAGAUUUCGAGCUGUGCUCACUUGCCGACAUUUGACUUGUUAGAUGAGUUCUGUGAGCGGCUCAUCAAGACCAAAUUCGGGCGUGUCUCCGACCACGAUGGAGAGAUCAAGAAAGCUGCCGACGAGAUCAACCGGAACGGAAUCUUUGAGAUGCUGAAGCUAGAAACGCCGAAUCUGCAUGAGAUUGGCCUGGACCGAGUGAUUGCGUAUGGCCACACUUGGUCGCCCCUUCACGAGCUCGCGCCCCCAGUUCCACUUCGCCACGGCCAUGCCAUUUCAAUAGAUAUGGCUUAUUCUGCCACUUUGGCGAAUGACCGUGGCCUUCUCAGUGAUGAAGAGCACCGGAGAUUGUUGGCUCUCUUUUCUCGUGCAGGCCUCUCCAUGGAUCACGAACUUUUCAACGAAGAAAUUCUGGAUAAAGCCACACAAGCCAUUUUGAAGACCCGAGACGGGCUCUUGCGUGCUGCUGUGCCAAGUCCACUGGGCAGCUGCAAGUUCUUGAACGACGUGGCCAUGAAAGAGAUGGCCCAGGCGCUCCGCCGCCACAAAGAGCUCAUGAAAGAGUACCCGCGCCACGGCGCUGGAAUUGAAGCAUAUGUCGAUUCCAGUGAUACUGGGUACACUAUCAAUCAAAAGCAUGAUCCUGCUCCGAUGCAUGCGCAGGCCUCUAGCGCGGAGGCAUCGAAGAAGCAUGGUCUCAACAACGGAGUCCUCCAUGGACUGAAAGAGUUGGCUAUCAAUGGCCACGGCCCUGGUCUGCCUACACUAGAGCAAAGAUGA